CAGCGCACAGCACGCCGUCGAGGCGUCCGCGGCCACGCUCACGCAACCACGCUCGCGGCGCCGAACCCGUGCCGCGCGUGUGUGUGAAUGGUGUGAAUUUGUGUUCCCGGAAGGCUCAACCAGCAGCAUGGAGUUUUAACAGCGAGCCGAUCAACUUCAACAUCGAAGGUGGAAUGGGCGCGGGCAAGCGGUCCAGUCCCGGGUUCAGCAUCACCACGGCCAACUGCAGCAAUGGCUGCGGCUGUGAGGAGGUCCUGGAGGCCUCCAGGACUUCAUCCAGGACUCCAUCUAGGACCUGCCGCGAGGCGCGGCCACCGCACAAACAGUCCCGGGGAGCGGCCAGUCCUUGGAUGUACGCGGGGGUGGCGGCGACGGCGGCGGGCUGCUACGUGAACGCGCUGUGGGGCGACUUCGUGCACGACGACGUCCCCGCCGUCACCACCAACAAGGACGUCCUGGGGCUGACCCCGCUGCGCGGCCUGCUGGCCAACGACUUCUGGGGCACCAGCAUGGCCCUGCCGUCCAGCCACAAGUCGUACCGGCCGCUCACCACGCUCACCUUCAGGACGGACCACCUGGUGUGGGGGCUGCGGCCCGUGGGCUUCCACCUCGGCAACGUGGCGCUGCACCUGCUGGCCUGCCUGCUGGUGGCGCGCCUCGCCGUGUCCGUGGCCAAGCUGCAGCCGCCCUUCGCCGCGCUGGCCGCCCUGCUGUUCGCCGCGCACCCCGUGCACACCGAGGCGGUCGCCGGCGUGGUGGGCCGAGCCGACGUUCUGGCCGGCGUCUUCUUCCUGCUGUCCUUCCUCGCCUACCACGACAGCGAGUGGCGCGCGCCCCGGGUCGGCGCCAGCGUUCUGCUGGCCGUGCUGGCGCUGCUGUCCAAGGAGACGGGCAUCAUGGCCCUGCCCGUCGGGCUGCUCUUCGACCUGUACCGCACCUGGAGCGCCGUCCGGAGGAGCGUGCGCGACCAGGCGUGGACCGAGGAGUCCUGGCGGUUCGCGCAGCGCGCGCUCAAGGUCACGCUGUCCGUGGCGCUGCUGCUGCUGUGCCGGUGGUGCGUCCUGCAGGGCUCCAUGCCCAGGUUCGCGCGCCAGGACAACCCGGCCGCCUUCCACCCGGACCCACUGGCUGCUGACGCUGAGCUACGUGGCGGCGCUGCACGGCUGGCUGCUCGUCUGCCCCGCCUCCCUGUCCCACGACUGGCAGUUCGGGUCCGUGCCGCUCGUCACCACACUGCUGGGCGACGGCCGCAACGCCGCCACGGCCUGCGCGCUCGCCGCCCUGGGCCUCGUGCUGUACCGCUGCUUCGCCGACUUCGAGUACCAGCGCAGCCCCUGCCUCGUCCUGGGCACCGUGGUGCUCACCCUGGCCUUCCUACCCGCCAGCAACCUACUCGUCACCGUGGGCUUCGUGCUGGCCGAGCGGGUGCUCUACAUGCCCAGUGUGGGCGCGGUGCUGCUGGUGGCCGAGGGGGCCCAGCGGCUGGCCCACUGGCUCCAGGCGCGGCGGCGGCCGACCACCCCACUGCUCUGGGCUACGCUGUUCCUACUCGGCGUCCUGGCCGCGAGGACCGUGGUUCGAAACCGGGACUGGAGCACCAGGGAAAGCCUCAUUCUGUCGGGGCUGCGGGCGGUGCCCAACAACGCCAAGCUGCACUACAACCUCGCCAACUGGCACAAGGACUCGCAGCGGGAAGGACUCGCCGCGCUGCACUACAGGAAGGCUCUCAGGCUGUGGCCGGACUACGCGUCCGCCGCCAACAACCUGGGCACGCUGCUGCGCGACCCGGCCGAGGCCGAGGUGCUCUUCCUGGAGGCCAUCCGCGCGCACCCCGAGCACGUCAACGCGCACUACAACCUGGGCCACGUCUACAGGCGCUGGAACCGGACGGGCGAGGCGGUGCGGAUGCUGGAGUGGUGCCUGCAGCUGGACCCUUGGUACGCCCCCGCGUCGCUGCUGCUGGCCUCCCUGCAGCCUCACCGGGCCGGCGCAGUGUACCGUGCGCUGGCGCACCGCAGCCCCUCCGUCCACGGCGCGCUGUACGCGCGCUGGCUGCUGCAGCACAACCGUGUCACCGAGGCUUUGCACCACCUGCGCCAGUCCCUGCGCGCGCACCCCGAGAACCCCUCGGAGGACCCCGAGCGCAAGGUUGCCUUCCUGGGGCUGCUGCGAGCGACGCGGGCCGCGGGACAGACGGGCAGGGUCCGCCAGCUGGUCCUCAGGUGGCGUGUGCUCUUCCUGCCCCGAGGGCGACCCUGGGCGUCGUCGCCGCUCACGGACCCCUUCUUGCUGGGGGUGCGCCUCCAGGCCCACUACGGCAUCCACAACGUGGCCCACACCGAGGCCCACACCGCCCACACGCACAGCGCCGUCGCCCACAGCGUCGCCCACACCUCCAAGUGCGGCAUGAGCCUGUCAUGACGGCAGUGUGGGAGACGCACAGACACUGCCGCACGCGGCUCUGCAAGACUGACCCACUGGCGGCGUUCCUCGCUGAGCGCCACCCAAAGAAACUGCCAUCAAGACUUUUUCAACCGCGAGGUCCAAGAAAGUAGCUGUUGAAGCUUGAUUCUCUUUGCCCCCGGCUUAGAAUGACUUUUGUUCUUUCGAAAUAAGAAGCAAACGAAGCAAACGAAAACUGAGAUGAAAAAAUUAAUUGUUAUAAAAUGCUUCUGUUAGUUUUCUUUUCUCUGAGACCUCUGAGAUGAGCAAAUUAAUUGUUAUAAAAUGCU